CGCUAAGGCGCCCUGCUUGUUUAUUCCUGCUGCGGCAGCGGCCAUUCUUGGACGACAGCGUAGAGGGCUGAGCAGGUGCGAGAGGACAAUCCCGCAAGUACUUCCGGUUUCGCUCGCGCGCCUCGCCUUGGCACCAGCAAGCAAGAAGGAACUGUUGUGGCGAAUGAGACUCUUUAACGUUGACCCGUCAGCGCUCAUUUAACGUACCCGCCCACUGAUGUCUCAACAACCGCAGCAGACGUUGCCCUCCGCCCCAGACUCUCCCGCGCUGGUGGUCACCAGUAACGUGCAGAAAUAUGCCGUCAAGAAGAAGAAAGUCCUCAGUGCUGAAGAAGCUGAGCUGUUUGAGCUAACUCAGGCUGCAGGCAUCACUGUGGACCAGGAGGUCUUCAAGAUCAUAGUGGACCUGUUAAAGAUGAACGUGGCUCCUCAGGCGGUCUUCCAGACUCUGAAGGCGAUGUGUGCGGGUCAGAGGGUCGCCGAAGGCUGCGGUGUUGGGGAGUCUUCAACCGUCUCCCACGCCGCCGUCGGCACCACCACAGCACCUACAGAGGCCAGAGAAGAGGACUCUUUGGUUUCUGGAAAGAGCCCUAAGCCUUCUACAGCCGCCCCCUCAGCGUCUGGCUCCAGGGCCACAAGAGUCAACACUAAGAUUGUGGUCUACGGCCCCCAAGACGCUAGCUCUCCUCACUCUCAAGUGUCAGCAGUGCGCAGUAAAGCCGGAGCAAGCCACAGCGAGAAGAGCAGAGAGGCUUCCAGCCAGCGAGUGCAGCGGCAGCCGAGCGCCACCAGAGGGCAGAAGACCAAGAGCUCCGGCAGCAGCAGCUCCUCCUCGCAGAUAAACUCCACGUGAGGUCAACACCAGACCUCCUGUACAUACUUACAACAUUUAAGUUUCUCUAGUUUCACUGUGGGCCGUGUUUUGAAGGGUUGGUUCACCGGUUUUAUUAGCGCUGCUUACAGCUCAACAUUUCAACAUAUCGACAGUCUCUCCAGGAACAAGGUUCAGAUAACGCUGACUCAGGGGUCUUUAAACACUUGUUUACAUUUUGGCUAACUGGCCCCAUUAAAAGUGUGCCCUGUUAGCUGUUAGCGGUUGCAGUGUAGCUUUCUAUGUACAGACAACAUUCACUGGAUUACUUUAACACUGAGGGGAACUUAUAAACAUGAUGAUUCUCAAGUUCAGGCGUAAUGAGGAGCAUCUUUUUAGAGAUUCAUCAGCGGUAACGACAUCCUCGGAGUGAGUCCUCUAGAAACACGUCUGUGUGGUGAGAUAUCAGAGCUAAGGGUUCUAAAGUAGCUUCAUUACCUUUCACCUCCUGGUUCAUAGAGUGCUGCAGGAAUGAGGCCUGAAACCCGGUUCCCUCGUCUCGAAGUCGAUGCGUUUAUUGAAUGUGUUUUUGGUUUGAUGUCUGUGGUUAAACUUCAGCUGAAGAGAUUUUAAAGUUUAGAUCUACGACAUUAAAUACACCCGUAGAUAUACCUCUGAAUCUUUUACGUGUCUUAAAAAAGCCUUUAUCUUGAUGGUGGAGACGUGAAGUCAUGCGACUUUGUUGUGUUUACGUUAUAGCCUAACGUUAGCUUAAGAUCCAAAAUCAAAUGGAACAAUCCCGUUAGCUUUUUGUUGAGGUAAUCAAUGUGACGCCAACUCCCUGUUUGACUACAAACAUACGUCCUCACUGCAGCACUCUAGUUUUUAAAGGAACUAUUUUGGUUCAACAAACUGUUCCAAUGGAAACUCAGUGAGGUCUGUGAUGAGAGGCUACCUGCAUGACUAGAUAGAGACAACUGAUGUUAACUUAGAAGAUGAUUCAUUUGUUUAUUUGGUGAACCAAUCCUUUGAAGUUCUAACGUGACGUAAGAAACUCCGUCUGCUCAGAUGAAAAGCAGACAGACAAGAACAAAACGUAUUCUGACAUAUUUAGAUUUUCUACUGCAAAUGUCUGUAUUCAAUGUGCAACUUUUUUAUAUAACUAUUCAUCUCAAAUAAAUCCAAUAACAAC